CUGUUUUAUGUGAUCAGAGGCAGGGACGUGAGCCUCCCCUAACGUUUUGAAGUGAAGUCUCAUUCUAGCAGGCUCCAACAUCCACACCAUGUUCAUUUCACCAUGUUCUCUUUCCAUGUUCCUGCCUGAGCAGAGCUGAAGAUGUGGAACAGAGACACGUUUAGAAGUCUUUCAAGAAUCGAAGUUAACAUCUCAAGGCCCCUCCAGGACCCUGUGAGCCAGCAGUGAGCCAGCACUCUCCAGCACGGCUGUGCCAUGGACCCUGAGGUCAGCAAUGCUGCAGGCUUCGGGAGGGAGCGCAUCACAAGCCUUCUGGUGUUCGGCUUCCUCCAAAGCUCCUCGGAUAAGUUCCGGCAGGAGCUUGACACCUUGGGCCAUGAGCUGUUUGACGGGGCUUUGCCGCAGCCGUUCUGUGCUGAUGACGAGCUGCAGACCGACGGCCUCCAGGUCAGCCGCUCCUACGGGAGAAUAGAGGCAGAUUCUGAAAGUCAGGAUGAAGUCAUCCGGAGCAUCGCCAGGCACCUGGCCCAAGCCGGGGACGAGAUGGAGCACCACCUCCGCAUCCACCCAGGGCUGGUGAGCAGUCUGGCCGCGAAGUUCAUGGACCGGAGCCUGAGCGAGGAGGACAGAAGGAGCUGCCUGGCUUCUGCCCUGAAGGAGGUGGGCCAGGCCUACCCUAAAGACAUGGAGACAGAGAAGGCCACCCUCAUAAUGGCAAUGCUGCUGGCCAGAAAAGUGGUCACCCUCACACCAUCCUUGUGCCGUGAUGUCUUUCGCACAACAGUGAACUUUAUUAACCAGAACCUUCUCAUCUACGUGAGGAACUUAGUCCAAAAUGAGGUAGACUGACGGCAUCCCACAGAAGCAGGACUGGCUGAGACUGCACAGAAACAGAGCACAGCUGCUGCCGUCGGAGGAACAGCUGUGGCCACGUCACCGGACAGCCCGAGAGGACAAGCCCUGGACAGGAGUCACUGCCCUGGUUGUCAGGCUGAUGUUUUGGGCUGGCGACCCAUUUAGCCAUUUCUGCACUGUGAUGCUCACAGUAACAGCUGACCGGGGGGGGGGGGGGCCGCGCCGAGACAGCGCCCAGAUCUACAACCUUGUGCCUUCUCAGCUGCACAGGUUCUCGCUGGAAAAUUAAAUGAGAAAGCAGGCUGUAAGGCAGAGGGGAAAAAAGCCACAAUUUUUGUUUAAAAAAGUUACUGUUUAAUCAUUAAAGUACAAUGGGGCACGGUC